AUGGAGGAGGCCUUGACAGAGCACCUGAAGACUCUGUAUGGGUCACUUGGGUGUACGAAGGACCACCAGGUCGAUGACAGGAACUCCCAAGGUGUAGAAGAAAGUGUCGUACAGGGUUCCCCGGAGGAAGGGGCCCCGAAAUGGGAAAUAUGCCGCAUCUCUCUGGACCGUGCUUUUCCCCGACUCCGAGCCCACACAGCCCCAGGGCCAGAUGGCAUCCCAGCGCGCUUAAGUGCGUUGUACAAGAAUCGAAAGAGCAUAGCUAGCCUGUUCAACGACAUCUUUGCGGGAGUGGACAUUCCAGCGGACUGGCAGCGAGGCAGAGUCGCCCUCAUACUCAGACGUGGAGGCAAGGCAGGAAACCUCCAGGACUACCGGCCACUCACAGUCACCAGCACUAUGUACCGGCUUUUUACCCAGGUGCUUAAGGGCUAG